AAGUUUACAAAAAGUGCCAUUCCCAGUUCAUACCCCAAAGCAAAGCAAGUAGUACAGUACUAGCAUCACCGCCGAAGCAAUGGCGACGGCGAAGGGCACCGUGCGGCGGCGGCAGGACGGGGAUCGCACCCGGGAAAACCUGCAAAACAGGAUCAGGUACCGUCGCGACAGGCUCGUCCAGGACGCCUGGGAGAUCUCCGAGCUCUUCGCGCCCCACCUCGCCAUCCUCGCCUUCCCCGCCUCUGGCAAAGCCAAACCCCUCCUCUUCGGCAACCCCACCCUCGAGUCCGUCCUCCGCAACGUCGUUGUCGACGCCGACGUAGGGGCGGAGACGGCGGAGGAGGCCGCGGCGCGCGUGGCUGCGAUGAGGCGUGAGGCGGGGUGGAUCGGAGCGCGGGUCGCGCAGGAGCAGGCGCGGCUGCGCGCCGUCGCGGAGAAGGUCAAGGCGGCGCAGGAGGAACAGGGGAGGGCGCACUGGUGGGAGGUGGAUGUGGACGCGCUCGGGGAGGCGGAGCUGCCAGAGUUCGCCGCGGCGCUCGAUGCUCUCAGAGCCGACGUCCUCCGCCGCCUCGCCAUGCUGGCCGAAGACCGGAAGCCACCGCAGUGGCAGUGGUAGUGGCUUCGCCGUGGGGAUCGGCCACGGGUUCGUUCACUACAUCAGGUUAUUGCUUUCCUAAUCAGGGCAUUGUUCGGGAUUGGGAUAGCAGUACGUAGCUGCAUAUAGCAAUAUGAUACGUACAACUUUAGCUUGAAUUUUUGUGUUCAUUGCUCGGAAAAUCUUUUGGAUGAUUGAAUUGGGAUAUAUGCAAAAUCAGGAAUAACGUGGUAGAACAAAUUGUUGCUCCCUAGAGUAUGGUUUUAUCCUGAUUUUUUGCUGAUGCGUCUGAUCUGAAGGUACAAGUAUAUAGUUCAGAGUGUCCUGAUCUGCAGUUCAGAAACUAUUGUUGAAAUUUUGUUUUUUUGGUCCUGGCACUUUGUUCAGAUUUCAGAGUGUUUGCACGUCUCAAUUGACAUCUAGGAACAAGGAACAAUGAACAAGUGCUAUACUUGUUACUGUUAGUUAGUCAAAAUAAUUAUGCAAGGUGCAAGGGUAGUUAACAUGUGGCCGAUGAUAGAUGCUCCACUAAGUAUUUGUCAACUAAGUUUCCUGUUAACAAUGCUCCAUUGCUCCCAGGUGUCAUAGUUGUGAUAGAAGCUUCAUAGCGUUUGGUUGCGUUUGAAAUGAAAUUAACACAUAUAGUGCUUAGUGCCUAGUAUGAAGCCAUGUAUAAU